AAUGCUCGCAGGGGAGCAAGGUGCCCAUCUCGAGCAUCAAGCUCCUGCACUCUGGAUGUAAGUUACAGCUUAGGUAUAACCUUUGCUGGAAGCGCUGAGCCGGUUUUGGGCAGAGGUUUUGUGGCGGACAUACUGGUUUCGCAUCCGGAGGGCGAUCUCGGUUUUCUGUCUUUAACAAGUCUGAUUGAUAUCUUUCUUCCUUUCCCCUCCCCAUAGCUGUCAUGAAAGACCCCAACAUGUCCCUGGCCCAGUAUGGGAUCCGUACCGGCUCCAAGAUCAUGAUGAUCGGGGAUAACUCCCCACCCAGCACCAGCUCCCCGGCCCCGUCUUCACGCUCCGGAACACCGCAACAAGAUCAGAACAAACCCCCAGCAGUCGACAUGAAAAACGAAGACAGCGUCGUGAACCUCAUCGACUUCCACAUGGACUACAUCACAACCACCGUGAUGCCCAUCGUCGAGGAGUAUGUCGCGAAAGCUACCGAAUACCUCGAGACGGGCGAUAUCACCACCACGGAUACGGCCUCGCGGCCCGCGUCCGCCGAAUCCGGCACCACACCUAAUGCGCCUAAGAAAUUGGCGGAUUUGCACGCUAAAGCCGCGGAAUUGCUCUUGCAGCGAUUGCUGAAGAUCGAUGCUGUUGAGCUGGAACCUGGGUUUGACAGGGCCCGUUCGCGGAGGAGGGAGGCUGUGCGGUUUGUGCAGGGGCAACUCGAUAAGAUUGAUGGGAUUAAGGAGCGCGUCAAGGCUGCGGUUGCUAGCAAGAAGGGGUUAUUGUAG